AUGUCUGCAUGGGCGCUGCUGCCGAGCAGCAGCGGCGGCGGCGGGGCCGCGGAGGACGCGAACGAGGCAACGCUGCAGGAGGGCGCGCGUCUUCACAAGCUGGCGCGCGCCGUCGAUGAGCUCGUCGCCUGGAGCUUCCUCAUGGACGAGAAGGCGGCGGCUCUGCAGGAGCUGGAGCAGGUGGUGGACGACGCCGAGCGGCAGCUGGAGCAGGCGGAGCAGGCGCUGGCGCACCAGCGGCGGCGCUGCGCCCUUAUCCCGGGCCCCGCCGACGUCGGCCACGCGCGGAGGGGAGUCCUGCGUCCACCGCCGCACGCAGCGGGGGGCGAGGAUUGCGGGCUCAGCGCGCUGUGGCAGGAGCACGGCGGCGCCUUCACGCGGCAGUAUGAGCGGCACCUGGCGCGCUACCAGCGCCUUUGGUGGGAGUUGUUGGAGGAGCCGAGGGCGACGUCGGCAACGCACUGA